AUGAUGAGAAUAGGAGGGCCUGGACUAUCAGCCAGAAAAGCGUUUUCAAAACCGUUUUUACAGCCCACAAGGCUCGGCCCAGGCCCACGCGGGCGCUGCGGCACAGGCCGGAAAAGCCACCCGCCGGCACUCGCGCCACCCCCGCGCCCGCCGGGAGAAACCACACGGCGCACCCCUCCGGGAGCCCGGAAAGGUAUCGUCCCCGACCUCUGA